AUGUACUCCUCGAACCCCUUUCCCAGUGACCUUUACAGUCUAUGGAACCGCAAGACUCGUGAUUCUAAGAUGUCCAGUAAAGGUGAACAAGAGCACGUCAAGAACUUGUAUGCCCCUCCACUUUCAGCAUAUUCUUCAGAUUUUCCAGGUGGCAGUUUGUAUCAAUUGGAAUAUACUAUAAACACAACAACCAAAAGUUCCCCCCUAUUUACUAAUACUCCUUUGACUCAGCUGAAACAUGCACAAUUAGCUAAAAUAAGAAAUACAGGUUAUGCCACUAUUAGACCGAUUGGAAUUGUACAAACAAUGGAGGAAAUUGAAUUGGAAAAAGUGUAUUACAGCCUGGAUGAACAAACUAUGGAUCCUGCUGUAGUCGCCAUCGAGAACUCUAGUGAUGCAAUAGUAGGCGCCAAUGCUAGCACAAUAUCAAUACAACAACAGAUACAACAACCAGAAAUUGACUUAGAUGCGCAGGUAUUUAAUGCUGAUGAAAUAUACACCGGUACCGAUGAUGAAAGAGAUUCCUUAGAUGAACUGGAUGUGCAGCAUAUGCAUGGACAAGUGGGCAUUACUAUGGAUGACGAAGGGUUUAUGGCAGCCGAAGUUGAAUAUCAAGAGGAUCAUAGUUUGGAUUCCGUACCAAACACAGGAAUAUUGAUAAACAGUAGCAACAGUGGCACAAGCACAACCUUUAAUUCUAAUACUAACACUGGGCGUACUGUGACUACUAAUCCUACCACAACGAGUGGUUCGUUGUUGCCAAUUGAUGAACAAAACGAAAAUGAAUAUUCAGAGCAAGAUAUGAUUGUAGAUUAA